AUGAAGCUAUUUAAAUUUUGUGGGAAGUCAACAAAAAAUCAGUUCAUAGCAACAGGAAUCGUGAAUCUUCUUGCAUUUAGUCAUGGUCUUGGUCUAGGCUGGUCGUCACCAGCUGUUCAAUAUUUUGCAUCCAAAUCUACCCAUUUGAAAGGUGGACCUUCAAGUCCUAGUGAAUUAUCAUGGAUAGGAGCAUCAAUCACAUUAGGAGCUUUAAUUGGAACAAUUUUUGCUGGCUCCUUUGCUAACUGUAUGGGAAAGAAGAGGACACUAAUGAUUUUGGCAUUGCCAAAUUUUGGAUUUUGGGUAUUGACCUACUUUGCAAUCUCAGUCAAAGAGAUCAUCAUCGGAAGAUUUAUCGGAGGAAUUACUGGCGGUGGAAUAUUCAGAAUAUUGUCAUUGUACAUUGCCGACAUAGCUGAAAACAAUAUUAGAGGCGGAUUGGGUUCAAUUUUUCCACUUGUUAUGUAUACAGGCAUGCUAAUCAUGUUCAUUAUGGGAUCAUACAUCAACUACUUUGUAGUAUCUGGCUUAUCAGCAAUAAUUCCAAUAUUAGCAUACUUUUUGAUGUUCAGAUUACCUGAAACUCCUCAUUUUUUAAUUCAACGGAACAAAUUUGACGAAGCUAUUAAGUCCCUUAAGUUUUAUAGAACAUGCCAUGCUGAGAGUUCAGUUGAAGAAAUUAAGAAAGUUGAAGACGAAUUCGAAAUGAUGAAAAUAGCUAUCCAGAAUGCAAAUUCUGAGAAUGUACAAUGGAAAGAUUUUAUGACCAAAAAAGCAAAGAAAGGUAUGACGUUUGGAAUCUUUCUCGUAUUUCUCCUGGCAUUUUCAGGAAACACAGUCAUUAUGCAGUACACAGCAUUUAUCUUCGGAAUAACUGGUUCCUCACUGCCUCCAAAUGAAGCAUCUAUUAUUAUAGCUGCAAUGCAGGUCAUCGGAAUUUUAAUCAUGGGCUUACUUGUCGACCGAAUUGGAAGACGAAAGUUGAUGAUAAUUUCGUGUAUUGGAUCUACGAUAGCACUUACUCUUAUGGCUAUUUAUUUAUGCUGCACAGAAACUUGGACUGGAUUGGGUGGCGCAUGGAUUUCGGUGUUUCUGUUGACCCAGAUAAUUCUGUUCAAUUCCUUGGGCAUUUCAACUUUAUUGUUCGUCAUGUGCGUGGAAAUUGUGCCUUUCAAGAUACGCGAGUAUUUUGCCCUUAUUUCCAUGAUUUUUGUGUCGGUUUUCAUGUUCAUCACUCUAAAGGCAUUUCCUCAAACUGCUGUUGCUCUUGGACUAUCGACAUGUUUCUGGUUCUUUGCCUCUAUAUGUGGAAUCGGAGUUUUCAUUUUGUUUUUCUUUAUGCCAGAAACGAUGGGGAAAGAUUUACUUGCUGACCAGUAG